CCCCCCCCAAUAUUUCGAGGCCUGCUACGGCACUGUUAUGUGUUAUUGUAUUAUACACAUAUUUCAAAAAUCGGUGUUAGUGCAAAUGAAGAAUGACAGCUCUAGGGCCGACUGCUGUUUAUGGUAUUGAUUAUUUGUAAGAAUUAAGCUAAUGUAGACUAAUCACAUGAUUUAUCCAUAGUUUUCUUCAUUUAAUAAAAAAAACAACAGUAAAGCUUUCAUUUGAAAAUUUGCAUUUGCUGUGUGCACUGACAACGUUAUUUGAAAUAGGUGCACUUCUUGCAACUUUUCAUUUUAUUCUAUUAGUUUUUUUUUGCUAUAUUAAUUUUAGAGAGUAAAAUUACUUGUUAUACAAUAGAAAAAACACACAAACAACAUUUCUUACUACAGUUGAACCUCUAUUAAGCAGCCCUCUAUAAUGGUCACCCUCCAUUUAAUGGUCUUUUACUAGAGCCCUGAUUAUUAACUUCCAUAUUUACUGUAAACAUGAUCCCUUUGUAGCUGUGUCAGGCCACAUAACAUUGGGGGGGGGAGGCACAAUUCAGAAACAUCAAAAAAAUUAUUGGGGUGGCAGGACCAUGCCCCUACUGGUCAUUUCGUUAUAAUUUUUGAAAAUAUUAUGAGGGCAUAUGCCCCCAGUGACACAAGCCCUGCUACGGCCCUGUCUAUUAAGCGGUUGCUUGGCUAGAAGUUUACCAAGUCUAUAGUAAUAGUUCCAUUUGGCCAGAUUUUCUUUUGAGGCUCAAAUCGUCCUUAGACAUCAUACCAGGGGCGGAUACAGGGGGGUGGAUUGGGUGGAUAUCCACCCCCCUUUUUGAGUAAAAAAAUGAAGUCACUUUUUUUGAAGAUAAUGAAUAUCUGAGGGACGGGAGGUACUCUCCAUUUUCCUUCGCCUGCUUGACUUUGCUGACAUGACAAACCCAAUUCAGCGUGAAGCAUUGUUAGAUCUACCAAGAACCACUGGAUCAGUUAUAUGCCGUCUAUCCCGCCAUUAUCCACCCCCCAUUUUAAAAUCCUGGAUUCGCCCCUGCCUACCAUAACUUUAAUGCAUGUGUGUUACUGUUUUUGAAGGGUUAAAUGUAGAUCUCUUGUGAUUACACAUUUUGUCCAUUUCGUGCUAAUUGAGGAAACCUCUAUUGAGUGGUCAACCUCAACUCCAUCAGCUCAUCAACCCUUUUCGUUACUGCAUUUAAUGGUUAUCUGCUGUUUGAUUGCUUAUGGGUGUUUUGUAUAAAGGUUGUUUUAAUGUGUGCUUUGUUAUGUGUUUGGGGCCAUAAUAGAUAGUAUUAUGGACAAACCACCUACAUUACUUCACUAAAUAGUUAGGAUAUAGUAUUGCUAAAGGGAUUGUAGCAAUAGUUGUUUUAAUGUGUGUGUCAUUAUGUGUUUUGGGCCCGUAUUAUUUAGUAUAACAACUUUCCAGUUAAGGCUGGGCCGUUCUUUUUAAGCAUUUUAGGAAUGAAAGUGUUCAUAAGAAUCUCCUAACUUUCAAUGUACAUGAAAAUAUAAUACUUGAACUAUUAAUAGAGAAUUACACCCAUAAUUCAGGCCCGUAGCCAGGAUUUUGAGCGGGGUGGUUCGUUUUUUCAAUUUAGCGGACCAAAUUUCCGAUAUACCCCUCUCCUUGACUUAUUACAUUAGGCAAUCAAUCUUGUAUUAUUAAUUUUAUUAAUAGGGUACUUUUUAACAUAUAGCGAUAAUAAUAAAGAUAAUGAUCAUAAAAAUAAUUUUAUUAUCAUUUUAUAGACAUAUUGAUAUGCACGGUAUAUCUCCAGCCAAACGUUAUAUAUUUUUGUUAACUCUGAGCGGACCUUCAAGCCGGGUGGGGGGUGGGGGGGUUCGUCCGAACCCCCCCUGGCUACGGGCCUGUAAUGAAUAACAAUGCUGUUGAUGGCCUUAUUAUGAACACAGUUUGAUUCUGCAUUUUAGAAUGUAUCACACUAACAAAACAAUAUUUUGCUGCUAUCUGAGCCUCGACAGGUUUUUCGCCGGUCCCAAGAAUUUCUUGAAAUCAUAAGCUGGACGUUUUUAUAUAAAAAAAGGUUCUCAUGAAACAAAAAUUGCAUAACUGCAUUCAAAGGUUAGGAUAUUUUUAAGGUUUUAGAUUUCUAUUAAUAGUUUUGUAAGGUGUGUCUAAUAAUACCUUCGACUCUUUAUCAUAAAAGAGUAGAUCAUUACACAUCAAGCUUUAUAGUGUCUUUUUUUGUGUGUGUUAGUUCUCGCCCACUCUCCCUCCCCCAUUUUACACUCCAUUGUCGAGUCACACAAAGCAUCCAUUUGCAUCGGUUAAAUCAAGCGAGUAAUGUAAGUCAGAUAAUUUUAAUCAGGUAUUGUUACUCAAGUAACGGACUUCAAUUUUGAAUGAUUGUUUUUUCUAUAGUUUUCUUGCAUAUAGACCGUUGAAUUUACGAAUGUAAAAAAUGGCAAAAAGGGGCUGGUCGACAUUCUUUAACGUUCGUCAGGUCCCCAAUUACCUACCAACGAGUCAAGUCAAGUAUCUGACACCUCAAAAUGAUACUCAUCGUUUCGGUCAUCCACCGUGGAUGAUUAUUUUGUAGUUUUCUUACAUUAAUUCCGCCGUUUUGCAGUUGCAAGGAGACAAAGUAAUGGCCCCGUUAGCGGCCCUGAUACAUCCAUGGAGGAAGGCAUGUUUUCUGAAUUUUGCGUUGUACAAUGGCAUUUAAAAACAAAACCUCCCUGUAAGUCUUGUUUCUAUUUUCUUAAAUUCGCUUAGCUUGUAAGAGAAUUUACUGAGCUCGACGUGGCGCGGAGAAACCUCGUACGCAGUCGCCUAUAGUUUCGGGCUCCCUGUGUGCCCUCCCCUGAAAUCGUCGGUGAAGAGGACUGGGCAUAGGGCUGCCUGUGGACGAAAUUGUAACAAAAUGAAAGCAGUGGCAUCUGACACGAUAACGGAUAACCGCUUUUUUACAGCAUGCCGCAUUUGAACCGCGAGAAAGUCGCGUCUAGACCUUAAGGCAUUCUAGCUUGUGCGGUCGGGAUCUACGGAAUUGUUAUUAGAAUUCAGUUUUCAAAUCUAUUCUUGUUUGGAUCUGGUGACACUCAUGAAAAGUUAACGUAAUUUGUUUGUUGGAUGCAUUUCUCUGGUCUGUUGCUCUUCGUGAAAAAGCGGAUACACUACACUAUUUGUCACAUUUCUGUCAUUUUUAUCGUUCCGAUAUGUCAUUCUUAUCAUCAACUUUUGGUUGGAAAUAUUGUAAACAAAAUUUAAAUCUUCUGGUAGCUUAUGGCACUUGUAAUUGGAAUUUGUUUGCAGACUUCGCGUGUAGAAUGGCAUGGCGCAAAUCUCAACAUGUUUUAUCAUCCUUGUUUUUUAUAUUAAAACUGUUAAGAGUUCAGUAAAAUAUCUAUGGGAAUCGAUUUUAACAUCUGUUUGAAAAUUUAGGGAGAGGGAGAUUCGUAUCAUAUAUAAAAGCAAUUAAUAGAACUUUUAGUGAAGUGGUAAUGUUGAAAAUGAAGAUAUUAGAUGACGUUUUGAUACGUAUUAGUAGUUAUACCAAAAUAAAAAAAAAAUUUUGGUAUACAUUGUUGUUUUAGAAGCAUAUAAUAGCUUCCGGAGAUAAAAUGGAUAGGAUGUUUAAGAAAUAAAUAUAUAUACUCGUAUAUAUAUAUAUAUAUAACUAACGCCGUCUAUCAUAUAUCAUAUCAUAUAUGAUGGUUGAAGGUUUUCAUAGAAAGUGCUCAAUACUCGAAAGUAGAGCGGUGUAUAGUGUUGGUUUGAGAAAAAUACAAACUACAUAGGUUUCCCUACAGGUCUGUUUCGUGGUUGCCCACUCAUCAGGGGAAAUCCCCCUAUUGAUAGAAAGUGGACGAAAAAAAUAGGUGAUAUAAUGUAAAAUACACAGUAAUGAUUGUACUUAUAUUGAAAAUAGGUACAUUAUAGUCCUCCCUAGAAGAAAAUAGUUAUAAUCGAUUAUGAAUAAGAAAAAUAAGUAACCGCUGGUAUCAGGGUUAUAUAUUGGCCUUGUUAACCCUAUCGUUUACGAAGUAGACAUGACUUAGUUGGCCACGAAUGAUACCAAUGAACACAAUUCAAUGAAUGAAAGCAAUGACUGACAUAAAUUUUUAGUUCGACGAUAAUCGUGGCACAAUGGCAUAGCUCAACACUCGUAGUAAUCGUUCCUUAUAGAUGCUUUAUCCCAGGGUUAUUCCCAAACGGCGUUAGUUGUGAUUCUACACAACGUGGGGUAAAUCCUUAAAAAAUCAAAAAUGGAUAAUGGUCUGUUCUUUUCUGCUCCAGACAUCAUCCCCACUUGACAUAAUGAUUUUUACGCCCACCUAUUUUAAAUCCACUCUUCAAGGCAACUAAUAGCACAUAUUCCACACCUCAUCCUACGCUUUAUUUGUUAGUAGGCCCAUCGCGCCUGAACACACGCUUAGACCGACCUCACCUAGACUAUCGGAACUCUCUCGAACGCCAAAUUUUCACGGGGACAAUUUUCACUACGACAGCCAACCGAGUUAAAUGGCCUUACAAUUCCGACAUCUCUGUGUUUGAGAGACCCCGUCCAUUAGACUCUGUGAUCUUUCUGUUUUCUUUAAAUGACGUCCUAUUAAAAGCGCAGUAUAGGAAUACUGAAAAGGAAAGGCUAAUGUCUAUGUGUGGGCACACGCGUUAAGAGGUCUCUAAUGUUUUCAUACAAGACUUGCACUCAUAAUGGCGCGAUGAGAGGUAUUCAUCCUUAUUGUUCGCUAAUGAGUAGACGAAAAGAGGAGGAGUGAUCGUCCUACGCGUAGCACCAGUUGUUUGUAGUUUAUCGGGAUGCCUGUGGGUGGAGCCAAAUACUUUGAAUGUUUGCACCGAGACUAUUGGACCGUUCGCCGCUAUGAAAAGAAUCCAUAUAAAGAACCCGCUUUCCCUAAAGUUUAGAGCGCCGCAGAAGCCGGCUUGUUACAACAACUAAGAGAGACCCAUUUGACGACUCAAGUUAAAUUUGGAGCUCGGAGGGUUCGUAGGCUUAAAGGUGUCUUGUCUACAUAGGUGUGUGUGUGUGUGAUUAGCGCGAUAUGUAUCGCGUAUUUGUGGCGGUCUUGCUGUUGUGUGAGGCUAUAGGUGCUCCUUUGAGACACUAUCACAGACAGGGCAGGUCGAGUGCAAGUGAUACAUGGAUACGCGACGCAUCAGACAUCACCUUUUCGUGGAUUCCCGAUCUUGAGCCGAGCAAGGGCCGCACUGCUCACGAAUCAGAAAUCAACAUUUCUCAGUCGAGCGUGAGACAUGGUAAAAAGGCGCCGAUAACACAUCGAUCAAGCUAUGAGACACUCUGGUCUAACGGGUCCAGGACUCUUUCGGUAUUACCUGACAGCGUGCUGAAUGGGAGCUCGGAAAUAGUCGAAGCUUCAGAAGCGAUUGUGGGAGAUGACGGCGAGAUAUUGACGAGCGAUAGCGCUUGGCGCGGAUCCCGUUAUCGGCGUCUGAUUUUCCCGCCAGAUAGUCGCAUCCGUGUGAACACUACGCUAGCGGCGCACACGUUCCCCUUCUCGGCGUCUGUGAAGCUCUCCACUGGAUGUAGCGGCACGCUUAUCUCGCGUCAACACGUUCUCACCUCCGCGCAUUGCGUUCAUAACGGAAAAAGCUAUCUCCAGAGAACCAGCGCGCUUCGCGUGGGAUUCCUCAAGCGGUCAGGGAAAGUACGCUGGGUCGAAGUCCGGUUUGUACGCAUCCCGCAAGCUUGGACACGUGUUCAGCACGUGCGCAACGACUUCUCGGUGCUCGAGCUACAGCAAACGCACAAGCGAGACUACUUCAACCUCGCUGUCGCAACCAAGGCGGGCUCAAGACUCCAAGUACACUUCAGUAGCUUCCCGGGAGACAAGCGGUCCAACACGCUCUGGUAUGCGCACUGCAAUGCGCAAAUUCUCACCGACAGCAUCAUCAGUCGCUGCGACGCGUCUCGCGGAAGCUCCGGUGCCGGCGUCUAUACGAAAUACCGACGGGUGAACAACGAAGAUCGUCGUGCUCUUAUCGGCAUCCUCUCGGGUUCGGGAUCAGCCACGAACUCUAAAGGACGCAUUCGGAAGUUCAAUGCUGCUACGAGGAUUACUGAAAACAUUUCGCGACAGAUUUGUGUAUGGACGGGAUUUUCACCGAACUGUGUGUCUUGGAAACAGAGAAACGUAAACACACGAAGAAAUUCAAGAGAUUAACACACGUCUAAUCAGAAGACAAGAAUAUUUAAGCAUAUUUAUUGUGUAUCAUAUUGCUAGUUCUGUAUACUUUAUCAGUUGUUAUUUCACCGACAUUGUAUUGUCAAGAAAUUACAUUUCUCGUAUUAUUAUAUUAUCAAGAACCAACGCUUCUUAUAUUUCUUUUAGUGUUGCGCUGCAUAUUCGAGUCCUCCCCCCACGCCCCUUUCCUUAUCAUCAAUUCUUUCACUGACCUUAUUAUGACAUUUCAACCUGUCUAAAUACUCACCAGAAAAACAUACGCUUCCGGCGUGAAAAUCUAGGAAUGAAAGGCACAGGGGUUUGCGAUGGACUAUGUUGAAGAGUGGUGGUGGAGAGAGGUGUGUGCGUGCGUACGUGUGUGUUGAGGGGAUUUUAAGCGAUAGGGGGCGGGAAGGAGGUCUGCCAUCAAUAAGACCGUUUUUUCUUAGGUAACUCGCUCGCAGUGGUACUCAUUUCAACCGAGUCUUUUUAAUGAUCCAUUUAGAAAUCGCCCCAAGGAAACGUGUUUCUACAAAGCUUUAAAACUCAUUGUCUCCCCUCUUUCAAGGAAGAUAUAAAACUCAUAUGCAACUAUUGAAAUACUUCAUAAUUUAAACGUCAUCUCUCUUUGUACACACCCUAUGCUACGCAGCCAUAUAUGCUAAAUACAUGAUGUUACCUCUUAAAAAUGUAAGGGAGAAAAACAAUACGCGAUAGAAAUAGAAAAAUAUUGAGGCAUUACAAACACUACCUAUUAAAGCAUCAGAAAGGG